UCGUAUCGUGCCGUGUGUACUAAACUUUAUCUUAGGACUUGGGUGUGCUGUGUGGAAUGUGAACUCUGACUUGAUUAUGUGUGAACCUUUAUCGAUAUAGCUACGUAGUCGUAUAGAUAUUAGUUCAAAAUCAAAUUCAAUCUGUGAGGUGCGAGGCUUAAAUAUGCCUCUUUUUGGUAAAAAAGAUUUUGGUAGAAAAUCAAAAAAAGAUGGUCGUGAAAACGAAAAGCAGCCAUCCAUUGAAGAUAAAUAUGUAGUUAAGGAUCUUUUGGGCACAGGUGCCUUUUCUGAAGUACGCUUAAUAGAGAGCAAAGAAAAUGGACAGAUGUUCGCGUGUAAAAUUAUAGACAAAAAGGCUUUAAAGGGAAAAGAAGAUUCCUUGGAGAAUGAGAUACGUGUUCUGAAAAGAUUUAGCGAACAAUCGAAAGUUGAAGGCGGAGAGAAAAAGAUGUUUUCUCAUCCCAACAUUGUCCAGCUGUUAGAGACGUAUGAGGACAAGAAUAAAGUUUAUUUGGUCAUGGAGCUGGUAACCGGCGGAGAAUUGUUUGAUAGAAUCGUAGAAAAAGGUUCGUACACCGAAAAAGAUGCUUCCAAUCUUAUAAGACAAGUUUUGGAGGCCGUCGAUUAUAUGCAUUCCCAAGGAGUCGUCCAUAGAGAUCUAAAGCCAGAGAAUCUUCUGUAUUAUAGUGCUGACGAAGAAAGUAAAAUCAUGAUAAGUGAUUUUGGAUUGUCAAAAAUUGAGGAUUCAGGAGUAAUGGCUACUGCAUGUGGGACUCCGGGAUAUGUAGCACCGGAGGUGUUAGCACAGAAGCCAUAUGGUAAAGCGGUUGAUGUAUGGAGUAUAGGAGUAAUAUCAUACAUAUUGCUUUGUGGAUACCCUCCAUUUUAUGAUGAAAAUGAUGCGAACUUGUUUGCUCAGAUAUUGAAAGGUGAUUUUGAGUUUGAUUCACCUUACUGGGAUGAUAUAAGUGAAUCUGCUAAAGACUUCAUUAGGCAUUUGAUGUGUGUGGAUGUUGAGAAAAGAUACACUUGCAAGCAAGCGUUGGCUCACCCAUGGAUCUCUGGCAACGCUGCCAGUAACAAGAACAUCCAUGGCACUGUAUCUGAACAACUCAAGAAGAACUUUGCCAAGUCUCGUUGGAAACAAGCGUAUCAUGCGACAACAGUCAUCAGACAGAUGCAGAAGAUGAUCCUCAGUAGCAGCAGCUCAAGUCGCAAUGCCAACCAACAGCCCAAACAAUAGCUGACUUAUCGCAACAUGGAAAUGGAUGAAAUGAAUAUUUGCUUGGAAACCAGCUUGGUAAUGUACUUAAAAUGUCUUUAUUUCUUAUACAUGACACAAAUUUACUAUAACUUUCGACUUUGCGCGUUCGCUGGAUAUUUAAUUGGCUGAUUUACUUUAAUUGAAGCUCAUUGCUGCUGAAGUGCUGGCUUUAAAAUUGUGUCAUUGCCUUGUAUCAUGACAUGAUUUGUAUAUUGUUAUGAAAAAAAUAUUUUAAGCAUACAUAGUAGGUAUUGAAUUCAACGAAGAUUUUGUCAGAUAAGGCUAGUCACAUAAUGACCUUCAAUUAGACUUCAAAUGAAAAAAUCUUCACAUAGAAUAUUGUCUUCAAAUUGCUCCAAUAUCUGUUUUCCUUAUGUAUAAUCAAUGCCGUUCGGUUGAUAAAGGUCUAAGUGAGAUAAACUAUGACUUCAAUGAUUCUAAUAUAACUUGUUUGUUAUACAGAGUAGCAAUUGACUAUUGAAAAGAAAAUUGAACGACAAUUUUUCUUGUAUCUAUAUUUUUUUCAUUACUCGGAAUCUCAUUUUUUUCUAUAUCUCAAAUAUCUGAGUAAAAGCAGUGUCAUGACAUUGUAUGUUUAUCUUUAAUAAUUAUAUGAUAUAAACCCCAUUAUUAAUAUCUUAAGCAUUGAUAGAUUGUUAAAAAAUUCAGUCUUAUUAAUAAUACUAUUGUGUAGUACAGUGAUUCUCAACUGUGCCGCGGGACUUUUGUGUGCCCCUAAAUUUUGCAUAUUUUUCUCAUAAACUAUUCACGCAUUUUUAUCUUUUUCUUUGUGUGCCACCAUAUUUUGAAUUUGUUAAAUAUGUACCGCAACCGAAAAAAGGUUGAGAAUCACUGGUGUAUUUUAACAAGGGUUGAUACAUGACAUAAAGAUCUGCAUUUUAAUAAAUGAUAUAACUAUUAAUAACUAAUAAGUUAAUGGCUUAUUAGGAAUGUGAUGAGUAGUGUACAUGUUUAAUGGGAAACUAAUAAACUAUUUUCUAUAUUAACUUUGAACAUUUUAAAUACAAGUCAAAUUAUUACUGCAAUAUCUUUAACAGAAUAUAAUUUCAAUAUUUCCAUACAUAAAUCAGUGUUGUGGAUGGCUAACAUCUUUGUAUGGAUAAAAACUAAUGCUUGCAUUGUUAUGAUGAUGUUUAAUAAAUUAGUAUAACUUCCUGUCUAUUCUAUGUAUAUUAUAUACUAUUUGAGUAUAAUCUUCAUUAAUAUAUAAGGGUUUAAAGUUUUAUGCAAAAUAUGCUAUAUUUAACUUAAGAUUAAAAGGAAAAAUUAUAUAACUAUAGGCUAAAAUAUAUACUGCAUAGUUUUAAUGCUGAUUCCUUCCUAUCUUUAAAUAUUAUCUUCUAUUUCAAAGCAAUUACAGAAAACUAUAUCACGUUUUAAUUAUCAGAUAGCACUUGGAUAACUAAAUCAAUAUUAAUGUAGUCAUAAAAUAUUUUUGUGGGCCUACUAAAUUAUUUCAAUGAAAUAUACAUUGAAAAAAGCUAACUUGAUAUAAAUACGAAUUAAGAUACAGCCUUACAAAUAAGCGUAAAGUUAAACUUAUGAAUAAACUGAGUAUAAGCAAAUAUUAGUACAAAUUUUGCUAAUACUCAGUUUAUUCCUGGCUGUUAAUCUUAACGCUGGCAGUUGAAUAUAGUUUGACCAGAGCAAGACAGUAAGAAUUGAUACUCAUUACAUAAAAAGAUUUUUUAAGUUUAGAAAUAACAGCAUGCCAUUAUGUGACGUCAUAAUGUAUUUAUUUGUUUUCCAAUACUUUAACAGUAAUAAUAUUUGUUAACAAGGGAUUUUCAAAAAUAGUAUUGCUUAAACAUGACAACUUAAAAUACUGCGUCUUUUUUAACAUGUACAUUGUACUAAUUUUUAAAAGUACCCAAUUUAAAUAACUUAACCUCUAAUACCAUUUAAAUUAUGCAAUUAUUGUGAUAAAUUAUUAUUUAACAUUCCACUUUUGAGUAAUGUAGGCUAUCGGAAUUGUAUUUUGACUGUUUAAUAACAUUUGAAAAUUGAAUUAAAAGAUAAUGCAUUUAUUCAUCAAUUCGUUACCAUUGUUGUCUCAAUGAAUUGAUCACAGAUUCCAUAACAAAAGAACAUUCCACAAACCAGAUGUAUCAACAUUUAUGUAAUAUGUUUAUAUUAAAAAAUAUUUUCCGUCCAUCUCACAGCCAUCAGUUAAAGGGUACAUAAUGACGCAGUAUAAAAUUCGACCUUGAAUUUAAAAUUGUAUUAUAUAUUUUAUCAAAUUAUGUAUUAGUAUGUAUGUAUUUCACAUUUAUUUUAUUUACAAAAUAUCAGAAACCACAUCAAGAAUAUAUAUAAAGAUCUGAAAAUGAUAUGAGUAUGACUAAAAUUCAAAUUGUAUUUUAUGGUUUUAUUUAAACCAAUCCAAGUAAUGUGUAGUUGCAUGUACUAUGAAAAAAAU